AUGGGGCAUCUCUCUCAUCUACCCUUACUCCCAUCUUACUAUAAAACAACCCACACUGCAUCUUACUCCAUACAUACCCUUUUCCUUUCUUUAUCUAUUAAUAAUAAUAAUAUAAAUAUAAAUAUUAAUAUUAAUAUUAAUCAUUUCUUCCCCUGCGCUUGCUUUCAUGGACUUCUAAGAACCCCCCACCACUGCCUUCACCUGUCUGCUCUGCUCGGACAUACAAAACUAUUCUUACUAUAUACAGACAACAAGGAAUGGAGAAACUCAAUUUUCUGAAGAAUGGGGAGCUCAGAUUGCCUCCGGGCUUCCGUUUCCACCCAACGGACGAGGAAUUGGUUAUGCAAUACUUAAAGCGCAAGGUCUUCUCCUGCCCUUUGCCAGCCUCCGUCAUUCCUGAGUUUGAUGUUUGCAAGUCUGAUCCUUGGGAUUUGCCAGGUGAUUUAGAGAAAGAGAGGUACUUCUUCAGCACCAAAGAGCCCAAAUAUCCCAACGGCAACCGUUCCAACAGAGCCACCAGUUCAGGUUACUGGAAGGCCACUGGGUUGGACAAACAAAUUUUAACUUCAAAAGGGAACCAAGUAGUGGGAAUGAAGAAGACACUUGUUUUCUACAGAGGAAAGCCGCCUCAUGGAUCCAGAACUGAUUGGAUCAUGCACGAGUAUCGCCUCCUUAACUCUCCGUCUCAGGCUCCCAUGGAAAACUGGGUUCUGUGUCGCAUAUUUUUGAAGAGGAGAAGUGGUGGGAGAAACGGGGAGGAGAAGGAGAUGGAGAGUUUGAGAGGCGGAGUGGAGAAUCGGAAGGUGAGGAAGUCGAAGAUGGUUUUCUAUAACUUUUUGGCGCAGAGAAAAACCGAUUCCUCGUCUUCUGCCGGCAGUGGAAUUACCCAUGAAUCAGAUGAGCAUGAAGAGAGCAGUAGCUCCGACACCUUCCCUUAUUUUAGAACAAAACCUUGACACCCUCCACUUAAAUUCUAGUACUACUACUUGUUUUUCUUUUAUUGUCUUUCCCUGUAAUUAUCUUCUUUCCACCGGCUCUCAGGGUAGUCUAGGUCUCCAGAGUAGUAUGCUACUAAAACUAGUGUGUAAUCCAGUUCUUCUUUUCUCCUUCAAUUUCUAAUACCCUUCUUCAUCAUGCAAAUGGAAAGGCAAUGCUUCUUUUAGCUA